UCAGUUUCCUAUUAUUUUUCGAGUAAAUUGCUAUGGAUUCAAAGACCGGAAGUACCCAACUGCAGGCGUUAUUUACUUAUGAUGAAUUUGAACCCUUAUGCACGUGGCAACGGGAGGAUGGCCAAGACAUACUCAUGCUUCAUGUACCAGAAUUCAAGAAAGACCAAUUGAGAAUUCAAAUGAACAAUAUGGGGAUAUUAAAGAUCACCGGAGAAAACGUCAUAGAUGGUAAAAGACGAAGCCGUUUCCAGAAAGAAAUCAAGGUCACAAAAGAUUACGACUCGAGUGACAUCCAUGCCAAAUUCUCCCAAGGCUGGCUUCGUGUUACUUUCCCCAAGAAAGUGGCGACUCCUUCAACGCCGGAACGUCCUUCUGUAGCUGUACCAUCAUCGCCUCAAGAUGGUAAAAGCAGUAGUGUCAACACCGAUGGGAAAACCACUGGUGCUAAUAUAAGGGCACGAGUAAGUCAGGUUAUGAAAUCUAAAGAGUUUACUCAAGUCGUGGUGAAUGUUGGUUCUGUUGUCGUUGCAGCUUUUAGUGCUUAUGUUGCAUAUAAAUACUGGACUUCGUAUGUACAAGUUGACGAAGAUUGAUUCUUUUAUCAGAUGUCUUGAUUUAAAUAUUAACAUGUAUUUGUUUAUGUAAUGAAUUAUAUCAUGUGGAAAUAAGAACGGAAUAUUUGAAUUUA